UUUCAGGUAAUGCAACAAGAUGUCAAGAAAGAGAACCCGCUACAGUUUAAGUUCCGCGCUAAAUUCUAUCCCGAGGAUGUCGCAGACGAGCUCAUUCAAGAGAUCACGCUCAAACUUUUCUACUUACAAGUUAAGAACGCGAUUCUAUCAGACGAGAUCUACUGCCCGCCAGAGACGUCAGUAUUACUGGCCUCAUAUGCUGUACAAGCCCGUCAUGGCGACCAUAACCCAGCUAUCCAUGGACCUGGGUUCCUGGCUAAUGACCGACUCCUGCCCCAACGUGUAACAGACCAACACAAGAUGUCCCGCGAAGAGUGGGAGCAGAGUAUCACAAACUGGUGGCAAGAACACCGCGGGAUGUUGCGCGAGGACGCUAUGAUGGAGUACCUCAAGAUUGCGCAAGAUCUCGAGAUGUACGGAGUCAACUACUUCGAGAUUCGCAAUAAGAAGAACACCGAACUCUGGCUCGGUGUCGACGCCCUCGGGCUUAAUAUCUACGAAAAGGACGACAAACUGACGCCGAAAAUCGGCUUCCCGUGGUCCGAGAUCCGCAACAUAUCGUUCAACGACCGCAAGUUCAUAAUCAAGCCGAUCGACAAGAAGGCGCCCGACUUCGUAUUCUUCGCGCCUCGCGUCCGCGUCAACAAGCGCAUCCUGGCGCUGUGCAUGGGCAACCACGAGCUGUACAUGCGGCGCCGCAAGCCCGACACCAUCGACGUGCAGCAGAUGAAGGCGCAGGCGCGCGAGGAGAAGCUGGCCAAGCAGGCGCAGAGAGAAAAACUGCAACUGGAAAUAGCAGCUCGUGAACGCGCAGAGAAAAAGCAACAGGAGUAUGAAGAUCGUCUGCGACAGAUGCAGGAGGAAAUGGAACGCUCGCAAGCAAAUCUUCUGGAGGCGCAGGAAAUGAUCAGACGGUUGGAAGAGCAACUAAAACAACUGCAGGCCGCUAAAGAGGAACUCGAACAGAGACAGAACGAAUUACAGGCCAUGAUGCAACGCCUGGAGGAAACCAAGAACAUGGAGGCCGCCGAGCGACAGAAGCUAGAGGACGAGAUCGCGGCCAAGCAGGAGGAGGUGUCGCGCAUCCAACAGGAGGUCGAGCUGAAGGACUCGGAGACGAGGCGCCUGCAGGAGGAGGUGGAGGAGGCGCGCCGCAAGCAGGACGAGGCCGCCGCCAUGCUGGCGGCCGCGACCACGCCCCAGCACCACCACGUGGCCGAGGACGAGGCCGGCGAGGAGGCGGGCAGCGGCUCGGAGGCCGGCGAGGAGGCGGGCGGCGGCGAGCUGGCGCGCGGGCCCGACGACCUGGUCGACCCGCUGGCCGAGCGCCGCACGCUGGCCGAGCGCUCCGAGCGCCUGCACAACCAGCUCAAGGCGCUGAAGCAGGACCUCGCGCAGUCUCGUGACGAGACCAAGGAAACCGCGAUGGACAAGAUCCACCGCGAGAACGUGCGCCAGGGCCGCGACAAGUACAAGACCCUUCGCGAGAUCCGCAAGGGCAACACCAAACGUCGUGUCGAUCAGUUCGAGAACAUGUAGAGCGGCCCGCGGAGUACGCUGCCCGAUGUGCCUACUGACGAUCGAUACUUGGAAAAUAUUGUGUUAUUUUUAAAAAUUUUGUGUUUCGAAAAA